AUGCAACUUUCACGCAUCAUUGCUCACGUCGCACUCGCUGCAGCAAUUGCCGCUUCAGCUGUGUCGACCACUGAUGCCGCCUCGGGCUGGAUGACUCCGAGCAGAAACACCAACGAUGUCGCUACACACAGCGUCGCAGAGACCACGCAGCGCAAACUGGGUGAAGGCGGUGGUUUCGGUGCUCCCAACCAGAUUGAAGGGAACGCCGAGCAGAAUAUAUACGACCAAAACAACCAGGGCGCUUACAAGUCGGACGAGCAGGAGGUCCCUGCAACCCAGUCCGUUAACGCACAGAAUGGCCAGGGCGGCAACACUGGGGAGGAGAAGCAGGAGACGGAGAAGAAAGAGCAGCAGGAGAAAGAGAAAAAGGAGCAGCAGGAGAAGGAGAAGAAGGAGCAGCAGGAGAAGGAGAAGAAGGAGCAGCAGGAGAAGGAGAAGAAGGAGCAGCAGGAGAAGGAGAAGAAGGAGCAGCAGGAGAAGGAGAAGAAGGAGCAGCAGGAGAAGGAGAAGAAGGAUAACGGUCAGGAGGUCGACAAGGAGCAGGCGGAGAAGACGAAUAUCUAUGAUCAGAAUGGUCAGGUUGGUCAGGAGGAUACGAAGAAGGAGAACGGUCAGGACGACAAAAAAGAACAGCAGGAGAAGGAGAAUAAGGAGCAGCAGGAGAAGGAGAAAAAGGAGCAGCAGGAGAAGGAGAAAAAGGAGCAGCAGGAGAAAGAGAAGAGUGAGCAGCAGGAGAAGGAGAAGAAGGAGCAGCAGGAGAAAGAAAAGAAGGAACAGCAAGAGAAGGAGAAGAAAGAGCAGCAGGAGAAGGAGAAGAAAGAGCAGCAGGAGAAAGAGAAGAAGGAGCAGCAGGAGAAGGAGAAGAAGGAUAACGGUCAGGAGGUCGACAAGGAGCAGGCGGAGAAGACGAAUAUCUAUGAUCAGAAUGGUCAGGUUGGUCAGGAGGAUACGAAGAAGGAGAACGGUCAGGACGACAAAAAAGAACAGCAGGAGAAGGAGAAUAAGGAGCAGCAGGAGAAGGAGAAAAAGAAGCAGCAGGAGAAAGAGAAGAGUGAGCAGCAGGAGAAGGAGAAGAAGGAGCAGCAGGAGAAAGAAAAGAAGGAACAGCAAGAGAAGGAGAAGAAGGAGCAGCAGGAGAAGGAGAAGAAGGAGCAGCAGGAGAAGGCGACGAAGGAGCAGCAAGAGAAAGAGUCAAAGAAGCAGCAAGAGAAAGAGUCAAAGAAGCAGCAAGAGAAGGAGACGAAGGAGCAGCAAGAGAAGGAGACGAAGGAGCAGCAAGAGAAGGAGACAAAGGAGCAGCAGGAGAAGGAGACGAAGGAGCAGCAGGAGAAGGAGACGAAGGAGCAGCAGGAGAAGGAGACGAAGGAGCAGCAGGCGAAGGAGACGAAGGAGCAGCAGGAGAAGGAGAAGAAGGAGAACAGUCAGGAAGACGUAAAGGAGCAGUCGGAGAAGAAAAAUGUCUAUGAUCAGAAUGAUCAAGGUGUUCCGGAGAUCCCGAACAUGGAGAAGCCAUCUACGAAUUCGAUGACGAAGGGCAAUCCUUCACUGCGUAAGGUGGACUGUCCUGUCUAA